GCGGCGUUUGGAUUUAGAAAUUCUCUUCGUCGAACUACUGGCUAAUGAGUUUCGUCGUUGUUUGAUACUUUACAGCAACGAGCAGCGUGAACCGUAGAGACGAACGAACGGAGAAACGUAGAAAUAUUGAAGCAGCAAACGGUGAGUCGAUACCCUCGGAAAUAAAGUAUAACGAUUGACCCGUAAAAAAAAGCAGCAAGAUUCCACCUCUCAACUUGAUUCUCUCUCCAUUGAUCGGAACUUUUAUUCGAGACAUUUAAACCCCGAUAAACUUCAAAUUAGAAACAAUACGAUGCAACGCUCGAGCCAAUUUAUCUAACGUUCGAAAUCCUCUGGUUGUUAUACAUCGUAUACUGCUUUCUACACUCUCUUUCACGCGAUACAACAGGGGAAUCACGAAGGAGAAGGAACGUAUUCGUUCGAUUAUUUCUACGAAACGAUCGCUACUAUCAAGCGACCUGAAAAAUUUCUCGUCAAAGUCAAGAACCAUAAAAUAUUAAUUUACGACCAAUACGGAUAUCGACUUGGAAACUAAAUUUGCAACGUCAAAGAUCAUAAAUUCGAUAUAACAAGGUAUAGUACAAACGACCAGACCAUUAGACGAGAAACGUCUUUUCGAGGCUAAAACAAUGACGAUGCGCCAACGUGAAAAAAAAUUCAUCUUCGAACUCCUUCUCGGAAUCAACGAGCGCAAAUGAUAUCGAUUAAGUAACGGUCUACAAAGAAUAAACGAUUAACGUAAACGAUGGAUGGGUAAUGAAAGGACGAACGUUGGCACAGAAAGCUGGUAAGAGAGCGACUAAAGUUACGCACGUUGAAGAAGGUUAGAAUCAUGAGUCAUCGGGGAACCGGACGAAAGCAAGAUGAGAGGCGGUGGAAAAGGGGACACGAGAGGGGACAGGAAAGGAGGAGAGGGCAGGCUGGUUGAAAGUCGAGCGAUCCGUGAUUCGAGUGGCGAAAAAAGAGACGCUGACAAGGCUCGUUCCGAUCGUUUAUUUCUAUAUCUAUCGUCGGUGGAUUUACAUAAGGAUCAAUGUCGCCUAUUCCUCCGGUUCUGAUGCUGUGGCUUCUGCUGGUGUCGCUGCCGCUGCCGCCGGCCGAAGCCGGCCAAACGAUGGAUCUCUUUGCUCUGAUACGGGGAACGCUUAAAUAUUGGCGUAGAAUCUACCAGAUGUACGAGGAGGAAGUGGCUCUCGGCUAUUGUUGGGCGGAGUACUUUUUGCAUCACGAGGAGGACGCGACAAACGCCACGAUCCCGUCGUCCCAGUCGAUCGACCCAUCGAACUUUCUACCGGUGGAAAACGACGAUUUUGGAAAAGAGCACUGGAACCAUUGGGGGGUUAUCGCGAUAGAAAACCGCGGGGCACAUGAUCGUAGCAAACGAUCUUACGCGAUACACAGUUCGAAGAAGGAAGGAAUUUUGAACGCGUUAAGAAAUUCUAAGACAAUCGAAUCGAAUUUCAAACGUAAUAAGAACGAUCGUUCUACGAGUUGCGCGAACUUUCCCAUGAAUGCAGAAAGAAAACUUGCCGUUUUGGCGACGGACAGCGACAAAGAAACGCUAAAAACUACGAAGGAAAGAGAAAUUUCGAAGACCUGGGAGAAGAGUUAUAGCCCGUGCUCGAGAAACAUGGACAACGUUGCGUCUGAAUCGAAUAACUUAUCCGAAUUGAGAUGGAAUACGAGAUUCGCCGAGGUCUCGAGUAAUUUGGCAAAUCGUCGUGAUAAGCGGUCCUAUAGAACGCACAAUUUUACGAAGAAGAAUGCGAAUUUUCGAUCGAUCGAAUUUCCUAUCGAUAGGCGAGAAUAUAGCUACAGCGAGCGUUCUCGCGAAACGCUGAAUUCAAGGAAGGAAAAGGAGAUUUUGGAGAAAAUCGGUGCGAGGGACGCGACUCCUAUUGAGAAAUCUGUACGCAUAGUUUCAAACGCGAGUCUAGGAUCGAGCGUGACAGAGUUCGAGUGGAAUAGAAAAAAUCCAAUUUCUAGAUCUACCACGAACAACGGCCCCGCGAACUUUAUGAAAUCGGUAGCUUCGAAACUAAUUUCCGAGGUUUGGCGGAAGAAUUCAAAGACUACCGAAUGGAACGUUUCGGUUAAAAAGUCGGCGACUUUCGAUACGCAUUGGGGAACCGACGACGAAGCAAAACUAGAAGCAAACGUGAAAACUCGGAAUCCUGAGAACGACGAUUCCGUAAAGUACGAAAGAUUUCCUAGGAAUGCACCGCGUCGUAGUAGACGUUCCUCUGAAAUAUCGAACUCCGUAGAUGCGAAUAUCGAGGAAACGUCGAAGAUCGCUAGCGAUGCCUUUGCUCGAGAACUCGCGAGUUGGAAUACACGGUCGAAAACUAGCAAGACGAAGUUUAAAUCGAACGAGUUAUGCUCGAGUUCCGGAUGGAAGGAUAUCGAUCCUGUAACCGAUCGGAUCGAAGGGGCAUUUUCCAAAGAUACGCGGCACGAUUACUCUGCCCUCGCGAACAAACGUUUCGUCGAACCGUCGUACUUGGUUCGAAACUCGAACGUGGACAAAUUUUCAAAUACUUCGAGGAGUAGUAUCUUUGAAGGAAGAAAGGGAGAAAAACUGGCCGUCGAAGAGGCAAGUUCCGACGUACGCUGGAAAACCGGCAAAGUGAAAGUUUGGUCGAACGAGCGAAGAAACGCAGUUGGCUCUGAUUCGAGAUCGAUAAACUGUGUCUGUCAGAAAGGUAUUUGGCUUCCAAUCGUCGACGAUGUCGGAGGAGUCUCGUUGCUCGUUCUAUCUUCGUCGACGGAAGAACAAGCAGAGGAUCGGGAGGAUCGCUGGUUCCCGAGGGAGAAAACGGAGAAGAUGGCGCGGAUGGACGCGGAAUUUAAAAGAACUCGAGCAGAAGGCUAUCUUAGCGGAAAGUCGGAGAAUCUCCGAGUGGAUAGGCGCCGUAAACUUCUAUUCUCGAAGACGAAUCGUGUUACUUCCGGUACGCUCUCGCGACUAGAGCCGUCGAAACGAUCUCGUUCGUUGCCUCUCGGAGAGAUCGCGUCGUUGAAUCGGAGAUUCGAGAACACCGAGACGAGCAGACGAGUCGAUAAUAGUAGGAAACCGAGCGAUGUUUUCCGCCUGAGAAAGUUCGGUCCGUCGAAUCUCGCGUUUCAAAAUACGGAAAAACGGCCGGGCACUUGGUGGGACGAUUACCAGCAAAAUUUACGUCGUAAACGUGACGCGAAUGAUCGGACAAGAAGCCGGUUCGUUCGGUCUCCGUCGAAAAGCAAACCUGCCACUUUGUACAAUCCGAUCGCUCUGCGUGAAAUUGCGAGAUUCGGCGCGAGGUACGCGACGUCCAACUACCAUGCUUGGACGAACGGCGUCAAAAAUCUAUCGAGAAGCGAGGAAGGAAGCGCGAAAUAUUUGCACGGAACUGGAUUCGAUGAUUCGAAGGGAACGGUAUAUCGUUCAAAGCGAUACCAAGAUAGCGGUGUUGCGACGAGCCGCGAAUCACCCAUCGUCUUCGAAGAAGGUCUCUUUCGCCUAAAAUCGGAGAGCAAAAAUCGGAAAUGGCUGCAAAGUGGAAAAGAAUGGAACAGCUCGAAACGAUCGUCGACCACGAACGACGAUAAUCGGUAUGGAAGGAACGAGCACGGUUACAUCGUUGAGACGUCGAUUAGAGAACGAACGGGAAAAAAGUCAGCUACUCGACAUCCCGAGGGAGGUCCCUCGUUACUUCCCGUCACCUACCAACGAUUUAUGGGGGAUUACGGCAGUCGAUCGUCCAGCACUAAGGAUCAAGGUCGACGAUCCUCGAUGGCAAAAGUCGAGACACGUGAAACGAAUAGAGCGCACGACACGCUUUUCUAUUUUCGCCAAGUGUUUAUGGGUUUUUUAAGGACCUUGGGAUUCUUCAUGAACGUGGGCAGACAGCUGAUGGAUUACGUGGACUCGAACAGCGUGCUCGCUUGCACCAAGGACUAUUUACUGGGCAAGGCUAUUCAUUGGAUAGAAUCGUGAAUCGCGAGGAUGAUGAUUCGAAGCGAAACAGAGAAAGAGAGAUGGUUUCUUUGGCCGGACUACUGGAAAGUAGUGCAAAUGGCCAAGCGAAUACGGCUUUAGACGUUAGAUACGAGGUCGGUAAAUGGAUUUACUAAGGUGAGUCACGACCGUUUGCUUGAUUUAAGUUGUAUCUUAUAGAUCGACCAUCUUACUCGGCUGACGUUAUUCGCGCGAGUCAAACUUUAUCGUAUUCGCGGAAAGGUGGAACGAGCACACCGAAUUCGAUAGAUUUUCCUUCGAAGAACGAAAUACUCGAGUACUUUGCGCAUACAUUUUGUGACUCACCUUAGUUACGUCGUUUUAUUUACCAGGUGCUUCUUUAUAAAGGUCAA